CGGGAAAGGGGUCUGGAGACGACUCCUUGGGAGCUGGAGUCCUCCAAUCUCUCAGGCUUCUCCUAGCCCUGUGGUUUUCUGCACCCCAGACCCCGGAGGUGGAUUGAGAGAGCUAUUCCACUGACGGUGGCUGCUCUCUGGAACUGCUGGAGAUCCCUACCGCUUUCAAUGAGAACACCCUCAAGGUCACCUGACUGGUAUGAGGUUAGGAUUGGACCUGAAACUCCAGAAUGGAGUUUCAGUUUCCUGGAGGCCAUCUGAGGAGUUUCCAGGGCAUCUGUACCGAGGAGAAGGCAUUCUGUGUGGGACACCAGAAGAAGUGUGGGAUUGCAUAAAGCCAGUUGCUGGAGGCCUCCGGGAGAAGUGGGAUGACAAUGUGACCAGUUUUGAAAUUGUCCAGAGCAUCACGGACGUGCUGUGUGUGAGCAGAACCUCCACCCCCUCGGCUGCCAUGAAGCUGAUUUCUCCCAGGGACUUUGUGGACUUGGUGUUGGUGAAGAAAUAUGAGGAUGGCACCAUCAGUUCCAAUGCUACCCACGUGGAACAUCCAUUGUGUCCUCCAAAGCCAGGUUUUGUGCGAGGAUUUAACCAUCCAUGCGGGUGCUUCUGUGAACCGCUGCCAGGGGAGCCUAACAAAACCAAGCUGGUCACAUUCUUCCAGACAGACCUGAGUGGCUACCUCCCUCAGAGUGUGGUAGACUCCUUCUUCCCUCGAAGCAUGGCUGAGUUCUACCCCAACCUCCAGAAGGCAGUGAGGAAGUUCCAUCACUGACACAGUCUCCUGUUGGCAAGAAAUGCCCUUCAGGAGCUCCAGCUGUUGAGCCUCAAAGAACGCAGAAGAGCUACUGUGGCUAUUUGAGAUGCCCUAGUGAACAGGAAGUCUUGGGGAGCCACCUAGGACAGCACUCCCCAUACACCCCUCCGUCCCCUUGGGCUUGGUGUGGAAGGAGCUGUCUGUCAUUUUGCAGUGGUACAUGUGCGCACACACAUCUGGAAGGGCAGGUCCUGCUAUGGCCACUUGACAAAGACAUGCCUCAAGCACCCUUUGCUUAUUUGUGGUCCAGGGCUCUGCGCUCUGCUCUCAGACAUCUCGUCUCUCUGCUGGUCUUAGAGAAUCAUUGUCUAUCCCAGCCACUAAGUCCUGCUUCCUCUGGCAUCUGGUGCUCCCAGACUUUUGUACCAGACUCCUGUGUUCAUUUUGUGAUACAAUUUUAUAUACAAAUUUUUAACACAAAACUCCCCCUUCCCUUACAAAGAUGUCAACUUGGAAAAUAUGUUUUAAAGCACAGAAUAAGCCUUAAGGAAAAAUCACACUUUCUACUUAA